AUUCCCAAGGGCUGGAAAAUGAGUACACCAACACAAUAAACGAAAGAGCAUAGCAAUGAACAAGCGUUGCAGCGAAUAUCGCUAAACAAAAUUAAACAUUGUGUACACUUCUAAGAACGAGGAAACCAAUUUGUCAGACAGGGCUAGCAACCAAGUUAGACGUCACUGGCAAAGGGGAGAGGCGGAACAGAGAGAAAUAGAGGAUUUUUCAGACUCGAGAGCAUCGUCCACGGAUUGCUCAAACAUGAACGACUCCGGCGGAGACGGUAGCGAAAAGUACGAACUGGAAGAAGUGACUAUACAACAGCCAAAUGGGAAAAGUGAUCCUCGAAGGAACAAACCACGGCAGGCAAGGAGUAAAAAGAAUAGAACGAAGCGAGUCCUGUCGACGAAACACGGCAAGCAACGCCGUCUCGUCGGAAAGCAGGGAGGUUUGAAAGUAGUAGCAUCACAAGUCCCACAAAAACACGGCAUGUAUAUCUCUGAUUUGUUUACAACAAUGAUUGACUCGAAAUGGCGAUGGAUCACUUUGGUAUACACUGCCAUGUACUGUGGGAGCUGGGUGGGUUUUGGAUUUUUGUGGUGGCUUAUUACGUACUUUCGCGGAGGCAACGUUUGUGUCGAUAAUGUUGACUCCUUUACAAGUGCGUUCCUCUUCUCUCUUGAGACGCAAACAACUAUUGGCUACGGUGGUCGACAAAUCACCCCUAACUGCCCCGAAGCUGUUGUUUUACUCAAUGUGCAAUCGCUGAUCGGGUUCAUUAUCGGUGCAUUUAUGUUGGGUUUGAUUUUCGCCAAACUUUCUCGUCCACGUAACCGAGCGGAAACGAUUCUGUUUUCUCGCAACGCUGUUGUGGCCGUGCGUGACGGCAAAAUGUGCCUCAUGUUUCGAGUGGGUGACGUUAGAAAGAGUCAGAUUUUAGAAGCGGUCGUUCGAGUGUACCUCUUUCGUAAAAGAAAAACUCGGGAAGGAAUUGAACUGCCGUUUUAUCAACAGAAAUUGCCCGUCGGAAUAGACUGGUCCUGUGACGAGAACUUGCUGGAAGACAGUACCAUCUUUCUGAUUCUUCCACUUACCAUAGUUCACGUUAUCGACGAAAAUAGCCCCCUCUACGAAAUGCGACCGAAAGACGUGCUUAAUUGCGAUUUCGAGAUCGUCGUAGUUCUAGAAGGAACAGUAGAAGCAACAAGUAUGCUUGUUCAAGCGAAAACAUCCUAUAUUGCGGAUGAAAUCCUGUGGGGCCAUGAAUUUGUAAGCACUACGGACGAGAGUAAGUGGAGGUCUGGCAGGUACAGGGUAGAUUUUUCAGUUUUCGAUGACACUCGCCCGGUUUCCACCCCCCGGGUUUCCGCUAAGGACUAUUACGAAGGAAAAUUGUUUAAAAUGAAUUCAGAAGCUUCUUUGCCGAGCCUUGGAAUGCAAGAAGAGGUCGACGACGAUUCAGACUCUGAAGAACAAAGACCUGCCGAUACAGUAUUAAAUAUUGGGUUUGAAACAAACGGAGGAGACACAAUUGCGUAUGUUUAACAUAAGUUAGGUUGGUAUUAGAAACAAGAAAGGUGUGUUGGAAUGAUAAGGUGUAUAUAUAGCUUGACACGGCGAGCAAAUUUUUUUCGCGACCUUGUAAAAUGAGUGCUUGGAAUAUGAAGCACUGUAUAUGGGUGAGCAGUUUGGUAAUUUUGGUAUUAACGAGAGCGCCAUUUCAUUUCAGUUUUUAAAAGCUAAAUCACAAGCUAGCUGAAGUGAUUUCAUUUUCGAACUGAUACGCACAUGAACUAAAUCACAAAGACUGCUAAUCGAAAUUUCAUGGCGGUAAACCGAUUGACCUUUUUGUGUUUGUUUUGCACAGCAAUUAACAACUCAAACGGCUUAUCAAGGUGCGAAUAUCUACAUGGCAAUCAAGAUCAAAAUACUUCUUGUGGUAAAUUUGCGUUUCGAUUCGAAUUAGAUAAUCAUUUUCGAAUUUCGAUUUUGCGCAAUAAAAAUUGGUAAUCUUUUUGUAUCACGAUAAUCCGCCAUACCAUCGUUAAUUCUGUUUCAUCAAAUUUCAGAUUAAGAAUUGACCCUUUGUUUUUCUUGCACCAGCUUGAUAAAUUCAUCGUUUAAAUAGCUCUGAUCAUAGCACGAAGUCGUUUAUGAUAGUUUUUCAUUGUAUAAGCGUUAAAACAGGCAAAAUUUUUACACAUCAUAAAACGAUAUGACACGGAAGUUCUCGCAAGUAUGUUUUGUGUGGUGAUCAGAAAAGUUGUUGAUUAUCAGCUGAAACGAAAAAUAGUAGAAUUUGGCAGAUAAUUUUAUUUUAGCCGUAGUUGUAUGCUGGGCAAACGAGUUAAAGUUAACAGCCUGCUCACGUUUUCUGGGAAGCGUCCCGCUGUCGUGGAAAUUCACGCUAGCGAAAAUUAAACUUGAUUCUAUCCACACGCGCGUAUCCAAGCUUUGACGAGGUAAAAAUAAAUAACUGACAUUAUUGCUUUUUAGCUAGAUACUGCUAGCUAUCAUUAAUUAGUUUGAAGUCAUUCGUAGUGACCUGUUUUAACUUUUGUAGCGAUCUAAAACGUUUGCGCUCAAUCUUAAACAUGGCGACCUUUACAGAAGUUAUCUUAGUCAGUAGAGGUUGCGCAACGAUGGAGAAACGUCUUCUUGGAAGGUGUGUUUAAAUAGGCGUUAAUUAAAUGAAGCCAUUGUAAGUGGCAAGUGAGAAAAUGAAACUUGGUGGCUUUUUAGAAAAUUUGUAGAAUUUUUGCGUCAUGCAAUAUUCUGGGCUCGAUUUCCGCCGCUCUCUCGAGUUCGGCCCACUUUCCUCCCCGAGAAGAGACUUCGGGGAAGGAAUGCAGGUUUCUUUCAUUCCUAAACAGUGGCUGGUAUAAAUCAAGCCUAGCAAUAUUCCUAUCUCGCAUAUAAAUAACGUAAUGAGUGUAAAUAAUGAUAUUCAAACAGCAAACCAUUUUUCAUCGACAAGGUUCUCAGUGAACUUCUAAUUUGAGUGAUUUAUUUUCUUACGUGCACAGAAAUAUAAUUUUAAGAUCAGGAAUUUGACCUGAAAUAAAUAAGUUAUUUUUGAAGAAGG